AUGGAGAGGGGCAACAAGGCCAGGAAAGAGGAGGUCGUUACAAGGGAGUACACCAUCAAUCUCCAUAAACGACUUCAUGGAUGCACCUUUAAGAAGAAGGCUCCGAAGGCCAUUAAGGAAAUCCGGAAGUUUGCCCAGAAGGCCAUGGGGACUACUGAUGUUAGGGUUGACGUCAAGCUGAACAAACACAUUUGGAGCCGUGGGAUUCGCAGUGUGCCAAGAAGAAUCCGUGUCCGCAUUGCCCGGAAGAGGAAUGAUGAUGAGGAUGCAAAGGAGGAGCUUUACUCUUUGGUGACUGUUGCUGAAAUUCCGGAUGGAGGGCUCAAGGGCUUGGGCACCAAAGUUGUCGAUGAGGAAGACUGA